CUAUGGCUUGGUGAAGAUGACUGGAAACGCGAGCAGAAGACCACCUCAAUGGAAGUGCAUAAUGUUUUCCAGCUCAAUUUCAUUUGCGGGUUCCAUGUGAAAACGUACAUGACGAAAAUCAUGGGCACAUAGAAUAAUUUAAAUUAGCCAUGAAAUAGUAAGACGAUUGCUUUCUCGUUUUUUACAUUCGUUAUUUGACGCAAUUAUUGAUUAUUGACGACCGAUUACAGAAUGUGAUGAGCUUGAAUUAUCAAAUUAGUAUCGACAAAGAAUGUGCAUAUUGAAAAUGAAUAUGACAUAACGAUGCAGCAUAAUACAUGAUGCAGCAUAAUAUUCAAGUUCGCGAAAAGGAGAAUUGGGCUGCAACAGUUGACGGGUGGGAGAGAACACUAACCCCCCAUAGACUGCGCAGCUGUGAACCCCCUGCUAACUCCGCCUUGUCUCGACGCAUGUCGAACACCAGCGAAUUCCAAGCGUUCAUGUUGAACCCAGCGGGAACCGUUGCCAUUUUGCACAGCCGCUCACAUUUACUCGACAGAUUCCAUCCCAAUAACAGAAGUGAAGCGAGCAUCGAGCAGGAUUCAAAUAAGAUGGAUGACCGGUUUAGGAAACAUGCGAUGAUACGAGAUAAAAGAUAUUUCAUUACUUUCUCUCAUUUUUUUCACUUAUAGAUCACGUAUAUUAUAGAUUUUCAAUAUUAGCAGUCAAUAUCGAAACGCAACCAUAAUUUUGUC